AGAUUCUCUUCCAGCGACCUCAGGAAGGGAUAAUUUGUAUCUAAACAUGAUUAAGAACAAUAGAAAAUAUUAAGACUAACGAAAACGAUAACGAUAUUCGAUUAGGUAUAUUUUUUACUCGAUUUAGAAAGCAAAAGGCGGUUCGAUCUCGAACACAAGGCACUUUUCGCUUUCCAUUUCCUUAAAACGGUCGAUUUAUAUUUAUACAACCCGAUAGCUAUACUACUCUGUUUUUCCCGGCGUAGCUAGUACUAAGUACCUUACAUUGUUCUUGUUUUACUGCGCAACAGGCGAACACACUGAUAAAGAUAAUUCCACGUCUUUUCACACUAGUACUCGCGGAAUAAUUCAACAUACGACCCCUAGUAUUAAUCCGACGACUUUUUUGAUUUUCGUAUCCCGACAAGCUUUAACCAUUUUGACGACUUUAAUAUACCCAUUGCGACCCCGCACUUAAAACAAAAACUUUAACCGUUCAAUUAAUUAGUAUUCUUGAACGCCGCUAUCACAGAAAAUGUCGGGCCUCAUCCCGCGCGAUUACCAAAUCGAGGCCGCGAACUCGGCGAUGAAUGAAAAUAUCAUCGUAAAUUUGCCAACCGGGUCGGGGAAAACGCUCAUUGCCGCUCUAGUACAUGAGCAAAUGAAGUCACGGAUGACCCUCGUGGCGUGCGCGUCUGUCGCGGUUAUAGAACAGCAUACCCAGUUUUUUCAAUCCCGAGGGAUUCGAAACGUGAUCAUUGACACCGCAGCUGGCCUGAAAGCACGCAUCUUCGAUUAUGGGGGCGUAGGUAUCUAUUGCAAAUGCUAAUUCCUGUUGAUUUCAUCUCGAUAAUUACUGAGUAGACAAACUGGCGGCCUCGCUAAUUUUGCAAUUGGUUGGUAGGCACACAGACGCUUACGAAGAUAGUUUCUUUGUUUAGAUGGAGGAAGAAACCAGGAUCGACUUGUGAGCAACGGUCAAGAUGAAUUAUUUCGCCAAAAAAAUCAAUUCAGGUGAUGAGAACGACGAAGAGGAAGACCCGGACGUGAACGCACGGAUGCUCGAGGAACGAAGAGAAAACAUUCGGCGAAAGGUUGCUGGGGUGCAGCUGGUGGUCUUUGAUGAAUGCCACCACGCAAUCGGGCACCACCCCUACGUGAAAUUCUGCGAGCUCCUGUUUCAGUAUUGUUUGGAUAAAGAUUUGUGAAGUUGGAAUUUGUUGGCGAUGUGGACGUAGAGCUAGAGGUUGCGCGUUUUUGAUGAAAAAUCAAAACCCAUGCCAGUGGGCAGCUUUGUAGUUUUCUCCUGGCGCUGUCUGAGUUUGAUGCUAGAUCCAUCUCGAUAACGUAAACAUGACAUCAAAUAACGCAGGUACAAGGAACAGGAGUCAUUUCGGGUGCUUGGGCUGACCGCGAGCUUCAUUCACGGGCAGUUCGAGCAGAUCUCGAAGAAGCGGAAGCGGUUGGAGGACAACCUCCGGGCGCGGCUGUGGACCCCCACGAACUUUUUGGUGAAGAACCCGGACAAGCACUUUUACAAGGUGGAGUACAGCGCGCCCAAAAACCUGGUGUUGAGUAAGCGCGACAUCGAGAACCGCAGUUUCGAGAUGAUGCGCCCGAUCCUGAAAUCCCUUCCCUACGGCAUGGCCUCCAUCGUGAGCAAGGAGGUUUCCAAGUCGGCCUACCUCUGCUACUACAUCCUGGGCGACGCGGGCUGGUCCUUUUUUCUCCGCGACGGGCUGGUCCCGUACCUGGAGGCCAAAUUGCGGCAGAAGGCCGAGUACGUGGUGCGGGAUGCGGUGCAGCAGCACGAACUGAACAGACGCUACGCCCUGGAACACGACGACGACAAGUACAACAGCGAGCAGAAGGAUUUUCCCGUGGAUCAGGGAGGUGGAGGGAGCCUCGGGACGAACGGUGGUCCACCGCCCAACAAGAAACAGGCUCGCGGCCCCUUCGAAGACUACAGCGACACCGCCUCGUUGUACUCCAGCGCCCCGUCUCUACCGACAACUUCCGACCUGGAGUCACAGCGUGCCGAGUUCUUCGCACCGCUCCAGCGGUACCUACAGCAAGCCAUCCCGAUUAUUCCCCAAGUCAGCCCCAAAGUUGAAAGUUUGCUCGAGAUCUUGCUGUCCUGCACGUCCUCCAGAACGGUAAACACCUACGUCACCGACCCUGUCUUUGGCGGGCCGGCAUACGCGGUACAAAUGUUUUCUUGCUGUAGCGUUCUGUCAGACACGAGUGUUGACACAGUUAGGUCGCGCACCAGCUGUCCUGCUUUCUGUAACCCGUACUCAUCACGUGACCAAAAGAAACUAUGGGACUCGACUGACUACUAGAGUUUGGUCACGUUGCCUUGUCCGUCUCAAAAAGGCAUGCUCAAAAGGAAAGAUAUAUAUCUGUAGCACCGACUGAAUUUCUGUUUUGCAAAAUUUACGUGACGACAAAUACAGCAACAAGUGGAGGAAAUCGACACUUCUCUUGUUUUCGUGGAGCGUGCGGUACUCUGUAUUCCGCUGGCGAAGAUAAUCGAGAUGCGCACACGCCGCGUUUGCCGACCAGUGAUGGGUGUGCAGAGCAUGUCCGCGGAAGUGCGGAACUCGACGCUGCAGGCCUUCAAAGAGGGCAAAGUCCGAGUCAUCGUCGCUACCAGCAGUCUCGAGGAAGGUAAAGAAGCAUAGGACUUGAGAAAUUACCACUGCAUUCACAUUGUUGUAUGCUAUGAUAGCAGCUGCGAUCAUCUCCUGCUUUCAGUGUAUGACAGUAUAGUUGGAAGACAAAACUCUUUUUUCUACAAACGCUCCGCUCCCUCUCCCUGGUAGUUCACUUAUGAUUUGCUAUUUUGUCCAUACAGGUAUCGAUGUUGCGGACUGCAAGGUGGUGGUACGAUUCGAUUACUUCUCUAGUGUCCGGUCGCACAUCCAGGGCUCGGGCCGCGCGCGGCACCCAGACGCGAAGAUUUUUUACUUCGAGCAGGAACCCGAAGUGGAGGAGUACAAGGCGAGCCUGAUGACACUGGCGGCAGCCAACCGCGACCUGGAGAUUCCGGACCUUGAUGCGCAGCAGCGACGGCAGAUUCCGGAGCUGCAGCGCGGGACGGGAAACAACGGCAAGGAAGGCAAAGAAGGCGACGAGGAAAACAACCAGGAAGGCGAUCCGAAGAGCCGGACCGACAGCAAGCGAAACCCCGGGCGCAAGUGCCAGGACCCACCGCACCUCCGCGUCCGCGAGUACCCAACGCUGACACUGUGCGGCGUGGGCCACUGCUUCGACAAGGAAGAGAUAUCAAAUGCAAAAAUGUCUGGGUCUGGAAGAGUGGAAGAUUUGUCAUGCAGGUUUUCCAUGAUCCAUGAGGUCUGUAAUGCAUGGUCUAGCAUGACAGAUUUUAAGAGGGCUUCCUGAUGCCUGUUCCGCAUGAGAAAUUCCCUCUCGCCGUGGGAAAAUCUGGAGUCUUCUCGCUGGUCAUGCAUUACAGAUUUUUCUCGAAUCCGAAGACAGCAUGACAAGUUGCAAUCUCUCAGACCCAGACACUUUUGCAUUUGAUAAGCGACCACGUGGGACCACGUUUCCAACAAAUCCCAACGGGUGGCCGUCUGUAUCCCCCAGAAAAAGACCGACAGGUCAUAUUUGUAAUGCAAAAAUAAAUAGACAAAAAAAUCUGUAUUGCAUGCCCUAAACAGGAUGUUAUGGCCUCGCCCAUGACAGAUUUUCCUGUGUAUUUAUUUUUGCAUUACAAAUAUGACCUGUCGGUCUUUUUCUGUGGGAUAGUCUGCACCAAGUGCAAGCGCGCCACCGUGGUGAUCAAGUCGCGGGUGCUGGGCCAGGGGAGGAAGAAGAAGGAGCGGUACUACUGCUUUGGGGGCCGCGAGAAUGACUGGGUCUGCAAGUGGGCCACGCCGGAGGAGCUGGAGAAGGCGAAGACCAUGACCAUGGAAGACCUCCUGGAACAGGGGCACGAGGUCGGCACCCACGCGGCGAAGGCGAUGCAGGUGGCCAAACUGGACGCGGAAGCGCGCCGGGCCGAGGCCGAGAAGCGCAAGAGGGAGGCGGAGAACGGGGAGGCGCAGGAGUUCGCGACGCCGCCCGACCAGUCUCCGCGCACCGAGGACGACGGUGGAAAUAACGUGGACGCCGCGGACGCGAGAGUGAAGGACCAUUUAUUGCAGGCUUCGGCGGAGGACGGCGAGGGUGCUGCGCAGGUAGCGGAAAAGGGCGAUGUGACGUCUUCCAAAAAGACCGACGCAGAGGGGACGAAUAACAACGGUAGUACGAAAAGACAGAAUGUGUCUCCCGCCAAACCCGCACGGGGGAGCGCCUCGGUGUCGACGAACGCGUCAGGGCAGCGCGUUUACAACUUGCUGGAGGGACCGCUCGAAGGUCCGAUCGUCAGUUUGCGGAAAGAAAAGGAAGAGAGUACCGAGAUGGAGAAAAUGCUUGCUACCGGCGGGAACCGACCCAUGAGCUACCAGCCCGUGCAGCAGAGCUACCUGGGCGGCACCGUUGCAGGCGGGUAUAGUAAUCCCACCGGUCCGGGGGGCCCGGCAUCCGGUGUCUACCCCGCGAGCUACGGUGCCAGUCCAAACCGCAGCGGUGGUCCCGGUUCGUAUGGAAACUACCCGGCGACCGCACCGCCGAGGCCGGCUUCUCUCGGGGGAGUCGGAGGCGACUCGUCCGCGCCGCAGUAUAGUGCAGUUCCGAAAGGUGGGCGAGCCCCCAGUACUACAGGUAGUACUACCGGUGGUCCGAAAGGAGCGGCCGCCGCGACGCCGACCCGCGAACCCCCUGGUCUCGCGGCCGAGCAACCGCAGAGCAGCACAUCGAAGGAAGGCGCUGUCGUAGGGAGUGAGGCGGGAGAACUACAACCAUCAGGCACGACGGCCAACAAGGCUCCUUUGCCGGUCAUCGACAAGCCAAACCCGUCGCUUCCCCCCAUCAUGCCCCCGGUCCUCGCACACCUCAAGCGCACAAGCUCCAGUGCGCCGGAAGAAGCUGUCGCCGCUCCGGUUCCACCGCCGCUACCCGCGGGAGGCCCGCCUCCGCCGCCCGUUGCCCGACCACCCCCACCCCCGCCACCGGGGCUUUCUCCCGACGACGACCCCGCCGACGACGACUUGCGAGCCCUCGAAGAGUUCGGUCACGAGGAAAACAAAAAGUUUGAGCAAGUGCAGUAAGAACUGGGCUAUGGUUAGAAGUACCUUCACGUACGAUCUUCAUCUUCGAAUCAGGUCUGUGCUCGUGAAGAGUCCUUAAGUCUCUUUCGGGUUCAGAACCGAUUCGAGCUGGCGGUUGAAAUUUUCGAGAAUGCGAUCGCUAGCGCACUAUAUACAUCUUUAACGACGACGGACAAACUCUAAACUGGUCCAUGCUAUCCGAAUAGCUCACUACAGCAAGAAUCUUCAUCACUCCAUGUCAACCUCCGGCGUCCUCGCUGUGCCUGUCAUGGCGAGUCGGGUUGAGUUGUCUACUACAGUGAGAUUCCCCUAGCACAACACCUUCUGAUGUGAUAGAGUCUAUGUGUAAGUUUUCCAUAUUUUGACGACUGAAAGACCAAAACGAAACAUGCGGUUUUGCUUUUGUUUUUCGACAUGGAAAUGGAAAGAGCAAAAUGCGAUCAGCGGUUUUGCUUUUGUUAGUUUCGAUACAUGGUAUUGACGAAAGUAAGAGGCGGACGGGUUUUUGCGGAGUUCCAAUCAAAAUUGAAAAAGGUUUCUCGAAAGAUGAGAUUGUUUGUUUAUCGUGAGAUACUCAGACGAUCUUCCAAGAAGCCAAAUUCUUUCCCAAUCGUAUAUAUGCCAAAGACUAGUGUCUCAAAG